AAGGACAUGUGUAGAAGCAGGUAACCAACACAGGUUAUUUUAUCUCACUCAAACUGACAAACUGGCCAACAGAAAUCAGCUGAGGUUGUAGUUGUAGACAGAAUGUUGAAAGAAGCAUUCAUUCUCGCAUCGCUUUUGACAGUUUGGUCGUUGUGCGGAACUUUCUUCGAGAGGGGGGUCGUCGCACAACCAGCUCCAACCGGGGACAACGCCAACACCAACCUUGAAGACAAAUAUUAUUACGAAGAUUCCUACGAUUAUUAUGAAACUGAAGAGCCCGCACAAGUGGAUGCGGCGUCAUUUGACCUUUCCGAAUUGGUGACGGCUUGGAAGGAGUACAUCAAAGACAAAAAUCCACCCACUAGCGAGAAAGCGCCCCCAUCACGUCGGAAACAACGGCCUCGACCACAACAGCAGCAACAACGACAACGACAACAACAGCAACGACGAAGGCAACAAGAGCGUCGUCGCGAACAACAACGCAAACAACAGCAACAACAAGAAGAAGAAGACGCCUAUUACUACGAUGAGUAUGAGCCUUUUGAGCCGGUUGAGCCCGAAUACCAAUGUCCUCCCAGAUCCGAAUCAUAUCGUAAUCCAGAUCCGGUCCAGUGUGAUAAAUACUACGAGUGCAAUAUCAAAGGCGAGGAAAAAGAGGAGCUAUGCCCUGAUGGGUUUGCCUUUGAUAUCAAAAGCGAAAACUGCGAUUACCCCACAAAAGUGAACUGCACUGGCCGACCAGAACUGCGUAAGUUCAAGGAAACGAAACCCUUGUUAUUAUAAUC